UAUAUUUAGAGGUUAUGUCACUAUGACGUGAAAUAUGCCUGAGUUCUCCCAAUAUAGGCCGACCUUGGGAGGCUCUAUAUUUGGGCAAGAACGAAGGCAUAUUUCACGUCAUAGUGACAUAACUGAUGUAUUAAAUGCCUUUGUUCCCAUGGUUACUUUGUAUCAAUGACGUGACGUCAUGAUAUUAUCAUGGUUAUUAAAGAAAUCUAAUAUCAAAACGAGGUAAGCGGGCUAUAUCGGGGUAAUCGGGCAAUAUCGGUGGAUAUAGCUCGCUAACUUUCCCAUUGACUUCCAUACAAAUGCUUCGCUAGGUAUGUAAUACUCAAUGAUAUUGACAUAACAGCGAAGAAUAGUUUAAAUUCCAGGGAACUUCGGGUUACAUGACGUGCUACUUUCCCUUAAAUGGAUAAAUACAAAUAUUGGGUCAUUUGGAGGAGAUAAGGAUUCAGUGACUUUAUUCGGAGAAAGUGCUGGUGCAGCUACCAUCGGAUAUAUGUUAAUGGCUGACGAGGCAGAUCCACUAUUCAAAAGGGCGAUACUACAAAGUGCGAGCCCUGAUUCCAGAUGGUCAUUUAUGACUGAGGAGCAGGCCAAAGAACGCUCUCAACUGUUUGCAAACGCUAUGACUUGUCAGGACAAUGCCGACCUUAUAGAAUGUUUGCGGACUAAAGAUGCAAACGAAAUUUAUGCGAAGGACUAUGUAACAGGCAACUUCUUUGAAUUUCCUUGGGUACCAAAUAAAGAUGGCGAACUUGUAGAAGACAAUCCACGUAAUCUCAUAAAAGAAGGGAAAUUCCAGAAAAAGGACAUUAUUGCCGGGGUUAACACAGACGAGGGGUCAUUUUGGAUCCUUUAUGCGCUUCCAGGGUUUUCCAAGGAUAACUCAAGUGAACAAAGUGAACAAAUGUACCGCGACGCCAUUAAGACAUUAGAUUGGGAUCUCCCUUCUGGUACCAAGGACCUAAUCACAACUGAAUACCUUCCAGCUGACACUUCUGAUAAAAAUGCAAACAGGGAUGCUAUUGAAGAUGAAACCGGAGACAGAGCAUUCAUCUGUCCAACCAUAAACCUGGCACAGGAUUUCUCCGCUUCUAACUCAGGGAAUACUGUUUACAUGUAUUAUUUGUCACAUCGCGCCUCAAAUGAGGUGUGGCCAGAGUGGAUGGGGACCAUACAUGGCGCCGAUAUUCAGGUACUUAAAUUCCCUUUGGUAGAAUAAAAGCCUAGUCUAUAUCUGUAAUUCAAGUACCCUAUAUUUUAUAACAACUGGCUAUAACAUUAUAUUUUAUUUACUUUACUCGUAACAGAUAUAAAAUAGGUUAAAGCAAAUACAAUACAGUUCGCAAUAACGACAACUUUAAAUGUGACCAAAAUAUGAACAAUUCUUACUUUUAGUGGAUAUUUGGUCUACCAUUAGACAAGUCACGAGGGUACACUAAAGGGGAAGAGGUGCUAUCUAAAGAUAUAAUGACGUACUGGAGCAACUUCGCCAAAACAGGG